AUGGCCGCCGCCGCCGCCGGACUCCACAUGGCGACCGCCGCGCGUCGGAGGCUUUCCCUAGGUUACGAAUCCUGCAUCUCCUUCUUCUCCAAAGGGAAUUCGCCCCCCCUGUCGCCGACAUCGACAAAGAUCUCCGACCUAUGCUCCUCCUUGUACGGCUUCUCCGGUAACAGCUCUAUCCUGGUGGUCUGUGGUUCCAGUUCCAGUAACCCAAGCUGCAAUGCUGCUAUGCUGGUCCUGAAGCGGGCGUUACAUGGGUCCUGGGGACCUCAUCAUUCUGGAUCGCAUUACUACCAUGGGGAACCUCAAAGGAUAAUUGCUCCCGUCUGGCAAAUCUCGUUCACAAAUCCGGAGGAAUGCUGGCGCGACGGGGUGAUGUGUUUGGGUGAGUUCUGCGAUACGUUUCCAAUCUGGAAAGAAAUCCAGCACAACCCUUUGGUGAGGUCGACAGAUAACUUGCGUGUACUGAAUGAGCCGUGGAGGUGGUUUGUGAAGUCCCUCAACACUGUUGGAUCGUUCAAUCACUGCUAUGGAGUCACCGCCUGCCCCUCUUUUACAAAAGACAAUGUUCUAGUGUCAAGAAGGUUUCAUCAGGCUGUACUUAAAGACCCUGUGGGAUUUAGUUUGUUUGAUCUUGGUCUGAAAUCUCUCUUCAACAGUGAUGCAAAAUGCAAUGGUCAGGCAUUAACGUAUCAUGCAAUUGGUUCUCUGUUUGAGGAUCUCCUGGAAGAGUUUCAGCCAGGGGUGCCAAAACCAUUGGACGUCGAUUGGCUACUCAACUUAAUGAGUAAAGACCUGGUUUCGCUUGAAGUCGAGGACUUGAUAGUCAACAAUCCAUGCUUGAUGAGCAAUCCAGGUCGGAUUGGUUUCACCAAUUAUACACACCACCUCUUAAGCAAUGUGCUUGCGAGAAGCAAUGACCCACUGGACACGAUGACUCUUCAAGAUGCGAUCUCUUCACUUGCGACAUUGCCCGAGCUGAUGGUGAGAGGAUUUGCAAUCCUUGGUCUGCAAAGAAAUGGGUUAAGACAUGCCUUUGACCCAAGGUACCGCAAAGAUCCUGCAAUUAAGAGCCUUGGUGAAUAUACGUUGGAUGAUGUUGUUGAACAUCAACACUGUAAGUUCCCUCUCUGCUUUCCUAAGAUCGGUGAUGCCAUGCUUUCAAUGCAUAAGGUCCAUCUCCUGUUCCUGUAUCACUUCUUCCACGUCCAUCCUCAAGCUUUCAAGCGAUAG